CCACAUCUCUCGACCAGCUUCUAACCGAGCCAACUACAAGAUCAAGCAAUUUGGAAGCUCGAGUGACUCCGCUGGGCGGGGGGUAGCAUGCCAUGGAGUGCCAGAGGGCUCCAUGCUUUUCGAAAUGGAGCCCAAGUCAUGAAACCAACAUGGCCAUGCAAAGCAUCUUACCGAUUUCGCUACGAUUCUCGACCACAGUAUAGGUUCUCAUCGAGCUCGUCUGAUCAGCCACCUCGGAAAGAACCUCAUGCAGAAGAGAGUGCAGCGAGCGGGCAACCCCGCCAAACAUCCCCGUCUCAAGACGACUUGUCCAGCCAAAGCAUCAGAUGCGACGACCACACAGUCUCCCCACUCAACACGAUCCAGCUCCUUUCCAAAGACACACAGGAGGACCUAAGCCCUCUACUCACAACAUCUUUCUCCCACUUGCAGAAAAGCUACCAAUCACCAGCUCACCCUAUUGUCCUGGCGCAUGGGCUUCUUGGGUUUGAUGAACUUCGACUAGGCGUGGCGGGCCGCUAUCUCCCACCAGUGCACUACUGGCGAGGGAUCAAAUCGGCAUUUGCCAGCCACGGCAUCGAAUCCAUUAGCACGGCAGUACCAUCAACAGGGUCGAUCCCCGUGCGCGCUGAAGCACUAUACUCACAGAUCGCGGAUCAACUACGUGGACGGACAGUCAACAUUGUCGCGCACAGUAUGGGCGGCUUAGACGCUCGAUGGCUCAUCUCGCGUCUCUGCCCGCCAGCAUCAGACUUUACCGUGGCAUCAUUGACCACUAUUGCCACACCGCACCGCGGCAGCUCGACCGCCGACAUGGUGUUUCGCGAUAUUGGACCUGACCUACUCCCACGCCUGUAUUCCAUUCUCGACAAGCUUGGCCUGACCACCGAUGCCUUUUCGCAGCUGACCACUUCUCAUGUGACUCAACAUUUCAAUCCAGUGGUCCCCAAUUCAGCGUCGGUCCGCUACUUUAGCUACGGCGCUUCCGCCACGCCUCAUCUAUUCUCCGUUUUCCGCGUCUCUCACGAUCUCAUGAACGAAAUUGAGGGUCCCAAUGAUGGGUUGGUCAGUGUCCGUAGUGCCAAAUGGGGUGAGUACAAGGGCACCUUGGUUGGAGUGACUCAUUUGGAUCUCAUCAAUUGGACAAACCGCAUCAAGCACGCUGCCGCCAAAAUGGGUCUGGUCGAGCAAAAGUUUAAUGCCCAGGCGUUUUAUCUCGGCGUGGCCGAUAUGUUGGCCAAGGAAGGUUUAUGAGUUGGGACGAGUUUUCUUUUGGAAGAGACGCUUGAACGGCGAUUCGCUAGCAAGAGCAAUAUUGAUACGACCAAUCUUGUGCGAUGAGAACUACGUAAUAUUGUUUUAUGUACAACAAGACUUGAAUGUGUAUAUUACCAAUCUUAUAUAUAUGCCAUCUA